AUGUUUCAAUAUUCCCUGUGGCCCUUGUUGGCCUUGUCGGGCGGCACGGCAAUUGCAUAUUUUGUGGUGAUGCUCGUGUACAACCUCUUUUUCCACCCCCUGCGGAACUUCCCUGGGCCCUGGAUCAAUACCAUGACACAAAUCCCCCACACUCUCCUCAUGCUCGGUGGACUUGCUCACAAGAGACAUCUUGCACUUCAUAUGAAGUAUGGUUCAGUUGUACGAAUAGGGCCAAACAUGCUCUCGUUCAAUCACCCGGACGCCAUGAAGGAUGUUCGUGGUCAUCGCAAGUCUGGCGAGGCCGAACACGGUAAAGACCCAAUCAUAGUACUGUCAAAUGGCGACAACAUUGUCGGUAGCGAUCGAGAGAAUCAUACUCGUUUCCGCCGUGCUCUAGCAUAUGGUUUCUCCGCCCAGGCCAUGCUUGAACAAGAGCCUACCUUUAAAGCAUAUGUCAAUCAGCUAUUCCAGCGUCUCCAUGAACAGUCAUCCAAUGGUACAAAGACUGUUGACAUUUCUAAAUGGUAUACUUUCACGACAUUUGACAUGAUCGGUGACUUGUCGUUUGGAGAGUCUUUCGGCUGUCUUGAAAACUCUACUUACCACCCCUGGGUUGCUCUGGCUUUUGAGAGUCUCAAGAAUCUUGCUUUUAUGGCCGAGAUGGGUCGAUAUCCCAGAAUUGCUCCGUACAUUGGUUUUUUCCUUCCUCGGGGUCUUCUCAACAAGUUUGCAGAGAACAGAAAGCUUGCCAGCAUGAAGGUGCGCAAGCGACUUGACACGGAAACAGACAGACCAGAUUUCGUGGGCAAGAUCACACAAGGGCUGAAAUCGAAAGGAUCUAGCAUGGAGUUCAACGAGCUUGCAUCGAACGCCUCGGUUUUGAUCGUAGCUGGUUCUGAGACAACUGCCACUUUGCUCUCUGCAGCCGUCUACUUCCUAUGCUCCAAUCCACGCACGCUGGAACUUUUGACACAAGAGGUCCGGUCUACAUACACACAAGCGGAUGCUAUUGACCUUGUAUCUACACAGGGACUACGAUACAUGCAGGCAAUACUAGACGAGGCUCUACGCAUGUACCCGCCUGUAGCAGGUGGAGGCUCACCACGGAAGAUCGCCAAAGGCGGCAGUUUUGUUGCCGGUUACUUUGUUCCGGAGGACACCUUGGUUGAGAACGACAUGUGGGCAAUGCACUACGAUCCCAAAUAUUUUACCCAACCACACGAUUUUAUUCCAGAGCGCUGGCUCGGAGAUGCGCGUUUCAACAGUGACCGACUGGAUGCGGUCAAGCCAUUCUCAAUCGGACCGCGAAAUUGUAUUGGUAUGAACCUUGCCUACGCAGAGAUGCGCAUGAUGCUGGCAAGAACAGUUUGGGAGUUUGACAUUCGCCUUGCCGAAAGCAGCCGCAAUUGGUAUCAAGAUAGCAGAGUAUAUCUUGCAUGGAACAAGCCUCCACUGAAUGUGUACCUUGACCCAAGGUGA